GCAGGAGGGAGAAGCUCGCCGCCGACCGCCAGCCGCCUACCAUGUCAUAGGAAAGGUAUGGAGACCAAAGGAUAUCACGGCUUCCAGGAAGGAGGAGAUAUGGAAAGGCGAUGGGGACAAGUACCACAGUCUAUGGAAUUCUCCUCUGCUUCCAGGCAGCAAUCCUCUGAGAACACUUACAUGGAAAUUGUUAAUGUAAGCUGUGUCCCUGGCACUUUUCCACAAAACCUCACAACAAGAGAGGGGAAAGAGAAGGAAGAUCUUCUCCCUUGCCUUCAGCAAGAUAAUCAGUCUGGUGCUUUAGCCCAGGAACUUAAGACUGAUUUAGAGUCAAAAGAACUCUCUGCCACGGUAGCAGAGUCUAUGGGAUUGUAUAUGGAUUCUGUACGGGAUGCAGAUUUUACAUAUGGACAGCAGAACCAGCAAGGAAUGAUUGGUCCUGGAAGUACUUAUGAGAAUGUACAACAUCUUGUUAAAUUUUAUAAGCCUGCCCCUUCUGGCACUUUUCCCAUAAACUGCCAGAAUCAAACUGUAAGUGCUAUUCUGGAAGCUGACAAUUCUGUAAAUGGUAAUCCUAAAAGUAACUCCUUAAAGAGCCCAUCUUCUUGUAACGAGAAAAGUCCAGCCACCAACAGCCCAUCCAACAUGGCCCUUUCUGUUUGCAGCCCCACUGGAAUUAACUCUGUUUCCUCGACUACAUGUCCAUCCAACUUUGGAAAUUUUACAGUCAAUAGUCCAGUCAACCAAGGAACUCCUGUUCCAUGUUCACCAAAUAUUGACAAUAGGUGUUCUAUUUCUCAUAGUCCUGCACAUACUAGCACUGCUGGAUCCCCCUUGUCCAGCCCAUUAAGUAGCUUGAGAUCACCCAUUUCAAGUCCACCUAGUCACUGCAGUUUAAAAUCGCCAGUCUCAAGUCCAUUGAAUAUUGCAGUGAGACCUAAUGUGUCUAGUCCUGGAAAUAUAAACACACCAUGCUCUCUUUCCAGUCCUUCCAAUGCGAAUAACAGGUCCUCUAUUUCUAGCCCUGCUGCAAGUUCUAUGGGGUCUUCUAUCUGUAGUCCAGCACACAACACUUUGGGGUUUUCUUCUGCGGUUCUAUCUACAGAAUGUAGAACUGAUACCAGUAUCUGUACUGAAACAAAAGAAAAAGGCACCCAGCAGCUCUUGUUUCCAAAAAUGGAAGUCGUAGAGAAUGAAACUACUGACAGCGGUACAUAUAGCUUGGUGAAAUUCAUCAAGCCUGACCCAGAUGGGACUUUUAUUGACUCCUGUUAUGGAGAUCGUGGUAAGGUUGCUUCUGAAACAUCUUUUCCAGUCUCUAUAAAACAAGAGCCAGGUAAAAACACUUGUUCUAAUGCUCUCUUUAAAAGCACCUCAUCAGGAAAUCCUUUUCCUUUUAUGGAUGGCUCAUACUUUACCUUCAUGGAUGAUAAAGAUUACUAUUCCCUUUCUGGAAUUCUUGGACCACCUGUGUCAUCAUUUGUUAGCAGUUGUGAAGGUAAUGUUUUUUCUGGUCAAGGGCUCUCCAUGGGGAUUAAACAGGAGGCUGAAGAUAGCGGUUUUUACCCAGAGAACACUAUACCUUCCUCAGCAAUUGUCGGUGUUAACUCAGGUGGACAGUCAUUUCACUACAGAAUUGGAGCUCAAGGGACUAUCUCCUUGUCAAGGCCUGUCAAUCGAGAGCAGCCUUUCCAACAAUUGAGCUCAUUCCCUUCCGUUGGCUCAUUAGUUGAGAGUUGGAAAACUCAUUCUGAAUUGUCUCAGAGCGCUUUGUCAUCCAGAAGAAAUGAUGGUUUCCCUGGUCCAGGAUACAUUCCAGAAAACGUGUCAAGCUCUGCACUCCGGACCAUGUCAACUGGAUCAUCAAGACCUUCCAAAGUUUGUUUGGUUUGCGGAGAUGAGGCAUCUGGAUGCCACUAUGGUGUGGUUACCUGUGGAAGCUGUAAAGUCUUCUUUAAAAGAGCUGUGGAAGGUAAAUGUUCAAGGCAGCACAGUUAUCUCUGUGCAGGAAGGAACGACUGCAUUAUUGACAAGAUUCGGAGGAAGAACUGUCCUGCAUGCAGAUUGCAGAAGUGUCUCCAGGCUGGCAUGAAUCUUGGUGCUCGGAAGUCUAAAAAGCUAGGAAAGUUAAAAGGAGUCCAUGAAGAACACCAGCAGCCACCUACUCUUCAGCAACCACCUGCACAAACUCCAAAGGAGGAACCCACAUUCACAUCCUUACCAAAAGACACCUCUGUUAACACAAAUACAACUAUCGUUCCAAUCAUAUCUGCUGGAUCCCCUGGACUUACGCUGUCAGCAACUGUGAUACUUGAAAAUAUAGAACCAGAAAUUGUAUAUGCGGGAUAUGACAGUUCUCAGCCAGACACAGCAGAACACCUUCUAUCCAGCCUCAACCGGUUAGCUGGGAAACAGAUGAUCCAAGUGGUCAAAUGGGCAAAAGUGAUUCCAGGAUUUAGAAACCUGCCUCUUGAGGACCAAAUUACUUUAAUCCAGUACUCCUGGAUGUGCCUGUCAUCAUUUGCCUUGAGCUGGAGAUCCUAUAAACAUGCAAACAGCCAAUACUUGUAUUUUGCACCAGACCUGGUAUUUAAUGAAGAAAGGAUGCGCCAGUCUGCCAUGUACGAGCUUUGCCAAAGUAUGCAGCAGAUAAGUUUGGAGUUUAACCGUUUGCAGCUAACCUUUGAGGAAUAUACAGUAAUGAAAGUUUUGCUGCUGCUAAGCACAGUUCCUAAAGAUGGACUUAAAUGCCAAGCUGCUUUUGAAGAAAUGAGAGUGAAUUACAUUAAAGAACUGAGGAAAAUAUUAAUGAAGAGCCCACACAGUGCUGGACAGAGCUGGCAGCGGUAUUUCCAUCUAACUAAACUUCUAGACUCUGUUCAUGAUGUGGUUGGUGACUUGUUGGAGUUCUGCUUCUAUACCUUUAGGGAAUCUCAGGCGCUGAAAGUGGAGUUUCCUGCUAUGCUUGUGGAAAUCAUCAGUGAUCAGCUACCAAAGGUAGAGUCGGGGAAUGCCAAGCCUUUGUACUUUCACAGAAAGUAACUGGAAGAGUCUUACAGGAAAACUUUGCCUUAAGUUUCCUCCGAUGUUCCAUACACAAGCUGGAUAUAAGAAACUACAUUUUUUUUUAUUCUUUCAAAAACAAGGAAGAUAGACUCUUUUAAGCUGAAUAAUAAAAACAAAUCACACUGUUUGGGGACUGAAGAAUAAAUGCCUGGAAUCAUGAGAGAUGCAGCCAGCACCCCCCGACACUUGAUAAUUACUCCUAUUCCUAUGGAUAAAAAGCCAUAUCUAGUCAAUGACUGAUUCGUUUUGAUAUUUUAACAUUGAAAUUAGAAGGAAAUGCCAUGGAGUUUCUGGCUUUGUUUCAUUUGGGUUCAUGGACACAAGAAGACUUUUAAAUGGUUACCCUCGGUUUGCACACAACGUGUACAAUCAAUAUGGGGCAUUAAAUAUUCUUUUCUUGUACAAAACAAAGAGAAAGCUGAUGAGAAAACAAUAAAAAAAAGCUGUUGUAUAAAAAAAAAUGAGGAACCUUUGAUGUUGGAUAAUCACUUCCCUUUUGUGGCAUUUGUUGUCCCAUGUUAUGAGUCAUACUGCAAGAUGAAGGCGAUGCCUUCUAUUUUUAUGCUUUGUUUUCCGCAGUGGUAGUUGGCGCCAGUGCUGUGCCAUCGGAGGCAUAGACCUCGCUCCCUUUGCCAUGUAAGCAUGCAGCAAGUUUUACAUGAACCCCUGGUGUGUAAAGCAGGCAUUUAUCUAAUUCAAAUAAAAAGUGAUAAUUCACCAUAAAAAAAAUGAAAGGUGGUACAAUGUUCAAACAAAUGCCCCGUCUCGAUUUUAUAUUUGCUAUAUUGUGCUGGCUUUACAAAUAAUUUUACGCAGUCUAUGCUGUAUUGUAUAUUGCUAUAUAUGUAUAAAUUGUGAAGGACCUGAGUCAAAAAAAAACUGUAUGGUAAUUUUUGUAAAUUAGACUGAAAAAAAAUCUUUAAUGACUAAGGAUGAAUGGAAAGUAUAGGAAAGUAUUUUUGAAAGAAUUCUAUUUUGAUGGAGAAUAUUUAAGUACUCUCUUUGUCUAAAUAAGGUAAUUUUUUUUUUUUUGUAAAGUGAACAUGUUUUGCAUGGAUUCUGAACUGUUUACAGUGUAUUUAAGGAAGGGAAAGCUGUGCCUUUUUAGCAUCAUAUCUAAUUUACCAUUUUGCAAUAUCUGUUUGUAAAUAGACUCACCUAAACUUUUUCAGUUAUAUUUAAGCUUUUCUACUUUUCUGUAAAACAGAAAAAAAGGUUCUACUUUUUUUGUGUACUGCUUGCAAGUAAUACUGGAGCACACUUUCUAGGAAUCCUUCCUCUUUUCUUGUGAAUUACACUAUUUUAUUUUUCAAGGCGGACUUACUGUAAGUAUGUUCCAAACGUGCUACAGGGUGGGAAAGGUUUUCCUGAGAAACACACUGAAGACAAAGCGUUCCUACAGGAUCACUGACUCCCUCCAACAUUGUGGGCCUUGUGUCUAAAAAAGGUUUUUUUGCCCAUAGCAGCUGUUCAGGUUCUUACCUACAUUUUAAAGUGCAAUGGAAAAAUGAAAGCUGGAAUCUAAUUUAUUGCUUUGGACAACAUCAAACACUUUUGUACACAAGCUCCCCUCCUCCCACCC